AGAAGAUAUCCAGCGUUACUACUACAAUACAAUCACUCAACAAUGUGAGGAGUUCAGCUAUGGAGGCUGCCAAGGGAAUGAGAACAACUUCAUGAGUUUUCAGGCAUGUAAGAAAGCAUGUUUUAGGAUACCAAGUAAGUUGACCUUUAUUUGUAUUUUUUAUAAAAGUCUGUAUUCGUUUAGCAAUUUUGCCUUUGCAUUGAAAAGUUUGCUAUUUUAAAUAAUGUAUUCAUUUAUUUGAUAUGCCAUCAAGACUAUUGUAACCAUUCAAAUCGUGAAGUUUGUGGAAAUCUGGCCAUUAAAGCACUAUUUAGUGUUUUUGAAAACGUUUUGAAAUGGACACUUAAACUUAUUUAGGGUAAAUGGCAAUACACCGUGACACGUUUCACUUUUUAAUAGUUCUUCUAAGAAUGUGUGUCUUUGCACCUUCUCCCCCCACCAGAGAUCCCCCAGAUCUGCAGGUUCCAGAAGGAGGAGGGUCCCUGCCGUGCCAUGCACUGGCGCUACUUCUUCAACAUGACCACCAUGCAGUGUGAGCAGUUCAUCUACGGCGGAUGCCAGGGCAACGAGAACCGCUUCCAGGACCAGAUGUCUUGCAUGGAGUACUGUAGACCACACAAAAGUAUGUGGAGAAUGGUCAAAGUCAACAGUCAGGCUGUGUUCUAUCAGCUGUGCUGCACGAUAGGGAAAGCAUUUCCACAUUCAGUGUUGAGUACAUAGGCUCAUUCCACGUAAACAAUGCUAUUUAGAAACAGAUUCUACUGUGUUCUACUGUGUUCACUCUGUUGUGUUAUUAACUUUGUAUUAAUUUUGAGGAAACAUAUUUAACUUUGCUCGCAAGAAUUACACAAGGAAUUAUGUAGAAACAAGAUUAGAGGAACCUUUUUCAUGAAAUCGGCCGAGCAAUUUGAUUGUAAACACCCACAUCCUCGUCACACCCUAGCCAUGAGGUCAUGUAAUAGUUGAUGUUUACAGAUGUAGGAUCUUAAUUUACAUCUUAAUUUGAUCACACUGUUGCAGGACAACUUUCCUGCAAUGCAGGACAUUUUAAACUUGUAGUGUAUUUGAGGUUUAAAAAGGCUUCUGAAGUUUGUAAUUUCCACUUUAAAAUGUCAUACUUGAUUUUCCCUUAUGAAAUGUAUCAACCCCUACAAACAUUACCAUUAAAGAUGCACUAUGCAGAAAUGGCUUCACCAUUUCCUGGUUGCUAAAAUUCAAAUAGUUAGCCUAAUUUCAGUUUAUGUGACAAAACAAGCAAAUAUAGUGUAGAGAAUUAUUGUACCAUUUAAACCAUUGUGAAAUAUAUUUUCCAUUACCAAAACUGUUGUAUUUUCAGCUGUUUGAAGCUGGUGUACAAAACCGAAAGUAAAAGACGUAAAAAUGUAACUUAAGAAGCAUAGAAUUAGCACACAUAAAACAGAUCUACCGCUUCUUAGACUUGCUUUCAGAAUGACAGAUCUACAGUGAGUUAAAAAAGUAUUUGAUCCCCUGCUGAUUUUGUAUGUUUGCCCACUGACAAAGACAUGAUCAGUCUAUCAUUUUAAUGGUAGGUUUAUUUGAACAGUGAGAGACAGAAUAACAACAAAAACUCCAGAAAAACGCAUGUCAAAAAUGUUAUAAAUUGAUUUGCAUUUUAAUGAGGGAAAUAAGUAUUUGACCCCUCUGCAAAACAUGACUUAGUACUUGGUGGAAAAACCCUAGUUGGCAAUCACAGAGGUCAGAGGUUUCUUGUAGUUGGCCACCAGGUUUGCACACAUCUCAGGAGGGAUUUUGUCCCACUCCUCUUUGCAGAUUUUCUCCCAAGUCAUUAAGGUUUCGAGGCUGACGUUUGGCAACUCUAACCUUCAGCUCCCUCCACAGAUUUUCUAUGGGAUUAAGGUCUGGAGAUUGGCUAGACCACUCCAGGACCUUAAUGUGCGUCUUCUUGAGCCACUCCUUUGUUGCCUUGGCCGUGUGUUUUGGGUCAUUGUCAUGCUGGAAUACCCAUCCACGACCCAUUUUCAAUGCCCUGGCUGAGGGAAGGAGGUUCUCACCCAAGAUUUGACAGGUACAUGGCCCUGUCCAUCGUCCCUUUGAUGCGGUGAAGUUGUCCUGUCCCCUUAGCAGAAAAACACCCCCGCUGCAGGAUUUCAGUCCUUCACGGCGUAGUGUGUUACCAAUUGUUUUCUUGGUGACUAUGGUCCCAGCUGCCUUGAGAUCAUUGACAAGAUCCUCCCGUGUAGUUCUGGGCUGAUUCCUCACCGUUCUCAUGAUCAUUGCAACUCCACGAGGUGAGAUCUUGCAUGGAGCCCCAGGCCGAGGGAGAUUGACAGUUAUUUUGUGUUUCUUCCAUUUGCGAAUAAUCGCACCAACUGUUGUCACCUUCUCACCAAGCUGCUUGGCGAUGGUCUUGUAGCCCAUUCCAGUCUUGUGUAGGUCUACAAUCUUGUCCCUACCAUUAAAAUUAUAGACUGAUCAUUUCUUUGUCAGUGGGCAAAUGUACAAAAUCAGCAGGGGAUCAAAUACUUUUUUCCCCUCACUGUAUAACUGACAUUUCAAUGUGAAUUUAGUCAGGUCGCCCAAAAAGUUACAUAUUGCAGCUUUAAUUAUAAUCUACAUACUAAUUCACAUUUCCUGUUGCUGUAAGAUUUUUUUUUCCUGCUGGCUCAAAUUAAGAUCAUACAUCUGUAAGUAAAGAGGAAAUUAAACAAGAUAAAAGGAACAGUACAAAAAUACCAACCCUGACUCUAACAGCCUGCUCUAUCAAUACAAUACUCAAGGGUCUCACAGUAUGCGAGUUCCUUAAUUUUCCGCAAAAAUUGCCCUGAAAUUAUUCCAUAUGGCCCUCUAUACAGUUGUGCUUCUGUUUAUGUUCAGAAGCCGGAGAUGAGCCUCUUGGUCUAAAAUGAGACAAUGCUAGCCGAAGAGUAGACUGCAAUUACAGAGUUCUUGUUGUCCUUUUUUUUAGACACCUUUAUUCCGAAAUGAUUCCAUCCAGUGCCCUCGCUCAAUUUUACAUCUACUAAUGUUAUUAAGACACCAGAGAUUAGCUUCUUGGUUUAAAACUAGAUAAUGUUAGCUGAAGAUUAGCCUUCUCUCUCACAGAGUUCUUAUAGUUGUUUUGUGUGAUUGCCAGCUACUCCUGUGCUCUGCCUGGAUCCCCUGGAUAAAGGAGGCUGUGCUGCAUCUAUACCACGCUACUACUACAACUCAGCCUCCAGG